AAAGCCAUUGCUCGCUUUCCUAGAGAGGCAGCGGGGAGGUUUCACUUCCUCUCCAUUUGGGAAUCGGGAGAUCCCCACCUUGGCAGCUGGAGGGAUCCAGGGAUCCACGUUUGCUCCAGAAAGCAUCCCCCCGUGACCAAGAAUCCGACGUCUGCACAGCUCCGAAAUGGAUGCAGCAAGCCCAGGUGGGCAGACCGCAGCCGGGGAAUCCGAAUCCUUCCAGGCUGGCGAGGGGAGGGAGCUGUGGGCAGGGACAGUGCCGGAUAUCCUUGCUGGGGACACCUCCAGCUCGGGUGCACAGUGCCGGCGCUUCAGACAUUUGCACUACCAGGAAUCCGAGGGCCCCCGUGAGGUCUGCAGCCGGCUCUACCAGCUUUGCCAUCACUGGCUGAAGCCCGAGAGGCACACGAAAGCACAGAUGCUGGACCUGGUGAUCCUGGAGCACUUUUUGGCUGUCCUGCCCCCGGAGAUGGAGAGCUGGGUCAGGGGAUGCGGGCCAGAGACCAGUUCCCAGGCGGUGGCCCUGGCAGAAGGGUUCCUCCUGAGCCAGGCAGAAGAUGAGAAGCAGGAAGAUCUGCAGAAGCAAGAACUCCUGGAAGUGGUCACUGCAUCUCCUGCUUCAUUGCUUCCUGGAGGGACCUCGCAGGAGGAGCAAGGCUGGGACAGUUCACAAGGCCACGGAGGGUCGCCGCUGAUGCUCACGGAAGGGUCUCCAGUUUGUGGUGAUGCAGAAGCUGUUCAGUGCCCCAUGACCUUCGAAGAGGUGGCUGUGUACUUCACCAACGAGGAGUGGGCCCUGCUGGAUUCAGGCCAGAAGUCCCUGCACCGGGAAGUCAUGCUGGAGAACUCCAGGAACAUGUCCUCGCUGGGUGAUGGGUGGGAUACUAACAAUGAUGACAGACCAUCUGGGGCAUUCUCAGAAAGAAAUGCGAUUCAAGAGAUGGAACAAGUCUUCAUCAAUCUCGAAGGACCAAGGGAGCAGCAAGGGGCCCAAAUUAGGAAUCUGAGGUAUACAUCUUGGCAGGGGAAGAACUUCCUUGAAGGUCAAGCUCCACAAGAAAAGCAAAAGGAAAAGAAAAGGUACAUCUGCCCGGUAUGCGAGAAAACCUUUAACCACAAAUCCCACUUCAAUGUCCAUAAAAGCAUCCACACAGGUCAGAAGCAGCAUAAAUGUCCAGAGUGCGGAAAAUGCUUCAGGCAGAACUCACACCUGACAUCUCACCAGAGGAUCCACACGGGGGAGAGGCCGUAUCAGUGCCUGGAGUGUGGAAAGAGCUUCAGGGAGCGUGCACACUUCACUUCGCAUCGGAGGAUCCACACCGGGGAGAAGCCAUACACAUGCUCGGAGUGCGGGAAGAGCUUCAGCAGGAGUGCCAACCUCGCUUCCCAUCUCAGAAAGCACAAAGGAGAGAAACCCUACCAGUGCCCGGAGUGUGGAAAGAGCUUUAGGGAGCGUACCCACUUCAGUUCCCAUCGGAGGAUUCACACCGGGGAGAAACCCUAUCAGUGCUCGGAGUGUGGAAAGAGCUUCAACAGGAGCACAAACCUCGCUUCCCAUCUUAGAAAACACACAGGGGAGAAACCAUAUAAUUGCUCGAUCUGCAACAGGAGUUUCUGCGACAAGUCGGGACUGAAUCUCCAUCAGUUAAUUCAUUCCAGAGAUAAGCCCCAUAAGUGUCUGGUGUGCGGCAAGAGCUUCAUUCGCCGUUCACAGCUCACGUCCCACGAAGGGAUCCACACCGGGGAGAAACCGUACAAAUGCCUGGUCUGCGGAAAAAGCUUUCAUCGGAGCUCCAACCUUACGUCACAUCAGCGAAUCCACAUAGGAGAGAAGCGUUACAACUGCUCCGAAUGCAGCAAGAGCUUUUAUGAUAAGUCGCGCCUUCUUAAGCACCAAAGAAUCCACACAGGGGAGAAACCCUUUAAAUGCUUGGAGUGCGGAAGGAGCUUCAGUCAGAGGAUAUAUCUCACUUCCCACCAAAGAAUGCACAGCAGAAUCAAGCCCUAUAAAUGCUUGGAGUGUGGGAAGAGCUUCCACCGUGGUGAUAACUUUACUUUGCAUCAAAGAACCCACACCGGGGAGAAGCCCUAUGAAUGCUUGGAGUGUGGGAAGAGCUUCAGCCAGAGGUCAAGUCUUACUUCUCAUCAAAGAGUCCACACAGAAGAGAAACCCUUUCAGUGCUUGGAAUGCGGAAAGAGUUUCAGCCAGAGGCGAAACCUUAUUCGACAUCAAAAGAUCCACUCCGGAGAAAAAGCACAUUCCUGCAUGGAAUGCGAAAAGAGCUUUUAUGAUAAGUGCAAGCUGAGAAGACACCAGAGAAGUCAUGGAGAGGAAGGGAAAGCAAUAAUGACUUGGAGUGUUGAACUGGCUUCAGACGGUGUGCCAGUCCUGUGUCCUCUCCAAGAAUUCAAACAGGAAGAGCUGUAGAACAUUUCGGAGACUGAGUAACAGACUUCUGGCCCAGCCAGCCUUUAUAAGCAUUAGAUAAUCCCUUUGCAGAUACAUCUCUUCCUCAGGAAAACCUGCAGGUAUGAAAAGAGCGUCUUUCAGUGUUAAGCAGAUUCAUGAGUCAGAAAUGGACAUUUAAUGCAGUCCCUUCUUAAGGUGAUGGUCCUCGGAGCCAGCCAGCCACAUGCUUUGCAAACAGGACUAUGGGGCCGAUCUCUCGGUUUGGGGUGUGUAAUCUUUGGUAACCUGUAAUGUAUGUUUCGUGCCUUCACUACAUCCUGUCACCACUUGCUGAUGAUCAGCAGUUGGCCGUCUGGCGUAACCUUCCCUUUAGUUUCCUCGUGCCUUAAUUCUCUGUUUUAUUUUAUUACCCUGUUCUAUACACUUGCAGAAAAUUUCUUCCGAUUGGGGGACUGGGGUUCUUUUUGUACCCCCCCUUCCAAGCAAUGUUGCAGUAUUAAACACAUUUCUCUAAGA